AUGUUAAGAUCGAAUGAAACAUAUGAUAAAGCAAUCACCUUCUUUGAAAAUAAUCAUAAACUGCCAAACUGUGACAAAGUUCUUUCAGAAGAAGCAAGUAUUGCAUAUUUAAAAGGUCUUAAAGGAGCAUGUGUAUUUCGACAAUUAUCACAUUUUGAUGUUUAUAAAUCUUUCUUAUGUGAUACUCUUCAUAACUUGUAUCUUGGUGCAACAAUUGUGGAGCACCGCCCGGGUACCCAUAAUUUCCUAGUUACACCACUAGUUAUACAUGGUAAUCAAGUAGCUCGUGUUGAUGUCAAUAUUACAACUGCUCGAGAUACAAACAUGAUAUGGUCAUUUGGUACCCAAGAUCAAGGUGAAUCAUGGUAUUUUGCUUUGAUUGACUCAUAUGCAGACGUCAAUCACAAUAUUAUUAUCAAAGGAACUAUUACUGCACAAAUGCCAGGCUAUUAUGCUAUCGAUGAUAUUGAUAUUCGUGAGUUAUUGUGA